AUGCCUGGUCUACCGUCUAGCGUGGAUCUCGAUGAGUGCAUCUCGCGCCUGUCCAAGAAGGAGCUGCUCGCCGAGUCGGUGGUCGAGGCGAUAUGCGCAAAGACAAAAGAGCUGCUCAUGAAGGAGAGCAAUGUGGUGCAUAUCAGAGCACCCGUCACUGUUGUUGGUGACAUCCAUGGUCAGUUCUUCGACAUGAUGGAAAUAUUCAAAAUUGGUGGGCCAUGUCCUGACACCAAUUAUCUCUUUUUGGGUGAUUACGUCGAUCGUGGACUCUUCUCGGUCGAAACCAUAUCGCUCCUCGUGUGUCUCAAGCUCCGAUACCCGCACCGCGUCCAUCUCAUACGCGGCAACCACGAGUCCCGCGGCGUCACACAAUCCUAUGGCUUCUACACAGAAUGCUCGCGCAAAUACGGCAAUGCCAACGUAUGGCAUUACUUCACCGACAUGUUCGACUUUCUCACCCUCUCCGUUGUCAUUAAUGACCAGAUCUUUUGCGUACACGGCGGCCUGUCACCGUCCAUACACUCCAUCGACCAAAUCAAAAUCAUAGAUCGCUUCCGAGAGAUACCCCAUGAAGGACCAAUGGCAGAUUUGGUAUGGAGCGACCCAGAUCCAGAACGAGACGAGUUCUCGCUCAGCCCGAGAGGCGCAGGCUAUACAUUCGGCGCUCAGGUCGUCAAGAAGUUUCUUGAAGUCAACUCCAUGUCACAUAUCUUGCGGGCACACCAGCUGUGUCAAGAAGGCUACCAGAUCCUCUACGACGAUAGACUGAGCACCGUCUGGAGCGCGCCGAAUUACUGUUAUCGGUGCGGCAACAUGGCAAGCGUGCUGGAAGUUAGCGACACGGGAGAACGCUUCUUCAACGUUUUCGAUGCAAGCCCUGAUAACGAUGUCCAUCGGGCGGAGCAGCAGCAACAGCAAGGAAAGGAAGUAACGACUGAGUAUUUUCUAUGA